AUGCAAGCGGCCGCCACUAGCACCGCCACGCCCGGCGCCAACCCUGCACGUGCGGCGGCCGCGGCGGUCGACGCCCCCUGCGUGCUGGCUGAAAAAGCACGCCAACGAGGCAACGACAUGUACAGGGAUGGCAUGUGGGAUCAGGCCGUGCAAUUCUACCGGCUGGCCGCCUUGCUGGCGCCCGGCUCCAAGCAGGCGCACGCCAACCAAGCAGCCGCCUGCGUGCAGCUGCAGCUGUGGGAUGAAGCGGCCGCGGCAGCCUCCCAGGCCUACGCCGGGACCGGGAAGCCCAACCUGGCUUACAACGAAAUGAAGGCAGUGGCUGCCGCACUGCCACAAGACAGGCAGGUGCAGGCUGAGCUUCAAAAACUGCAGAAGGCAGCAGAUGAGGGCAGCCGGGUGCAGCGAGCACCACCGCUGCAGGCAUCACAGGCCAACCAGCGCUGCUGGUAUGAAUGA